UCUUGCAGAUUAAGCCAUCGAGCAAACCGUAAUGAACUAAUGACAAUCAACAAUACGUACUCUUGGGUGUCUGAUUUACAGAAAGAAAAAUAAUUAGCACGCCAAUAGCAGGUGACCGUUAGGGUGCGUUGGUUUUGUCAGUAAUGAAAUGAUUCCCGAAGUGAACUCCACAUUUAGCCUCGUCACUCUAGUUAAAAAAUAAAUUUGUGUUGGUUAAAACAUAUAAUAUGGCAUCAUGAUGGUGUUUUAGUUCAAAGAUUUCCUUCCGAUAUGGGACUAAAGAAUCCUUGAUUUCCGAACUGACUUCAUGGAGUUGUGGAAUGUAUAGUUGCCAGUGCAUGGAUAAGAUGCAUCAGAGGGUCUAUUAUGGGAUAAGCUUAGUUUUGUUUUGUGUUGCCCUUUCUGACUGUUUACCCCAAUGGGCCAAUCAGAGGCUUGUAUUCACUGUAUUUGAGGUCAACAACACUUGGAACGAGGCUCGGGAGGUCUGCCGAAACAAUGAGCGCUGGUUACUGUCUAUGGAGGACUCAGACGCCUGGUCAAUGUGGAAACAUCUUAUGGACCCCAGUGUGGGCCUCCCCCGCAGACCACACGACGUGAGGUACUGGAUGGACAUCCAUGCCCGCUACCCCAGCAACAUGUCUGACCUCUACCAUGACAACUGUUCACAGGUGUCCUACACGGAAUGGUGGGCGGACCCGUACCGGCAUACGUACGUCAUAGAGGACCCCUGUGUAGCGUUCGAUGCCUACUGGCGACCUUUCACUGACCUUGUGCUCAAGAAUUGGUUUGGAGUAUCGUGCCAGAAUGGGCAUUACUUUAUUUGCAUAAAGCUAAUGGAUGAGCUUCCAUGCGUCACUUCCUGUGAGGAGUCGAUCUAUUUGUUUCCCAACAAUGGGUUUGAAUGUACUGGUUUGUGUGGCAACCUUGGGUCGGUAUGCCAAGCACGAUUUCUGAUGUUGGAUAGUUUUACCAUCUGCCACAUCAUCAAAUCUCACAAGAAUACGUCGAAUCCGUCCUACAACAUUUGUUUCUUUCCGACAUUGUACGGUGGACUUACUUUUUGUGGAACUCAAGGAUAUCCGUUUAAUUUAUCCUACACACCAAACAACCAGGCAACUGUCACAGACUUGUGUGCAGAAACCACGACACAAGAAGAGACAACUGAACCAGUCAAAAUGACAUCAGAGCAGACGACAACAGAGCAGACGACAGAAGCAACAACAAUAGAAACAACAGCGAAUUCGAAACUCGAGCUCACAACCGAGGAAAUCCCCGAUCUGGGGACAACUUCCCAGAUCCUUUGUGAAUGUCCAUGCUCCAGUGUCACAAAUGUUUCUGAUUCUGUGUUGACGAUAGAAGAGAAAGUCGAGAAACUGAAAAAGGAACUUACAGUGAACAAGCAGAACACUUCCGCUCACCGACGUAGCAAAAUCAGCGUGGCGGAUCACAGGGUUUCCGCCACCAGCAUUGGAUCGCUGGGCGUGGUUAUUUUAAGCGUGAUCAUGGGUUCAGUCUGUCUGAUGGAUUUGACCAACGUCCGAUGCGACGUCAUUGCCAACAAGUGCUGCAAGAGGAAAAGCAAGAAAAUCCGUGACAAAGAAAGUAAAUCGCAGUCAAAGGAUGGCGCUCUAAAUUUAGAGCUGAAACCUCUUGAGGAUGCACUGUCAAAAAACUGAUUUAAUCGAAAAUACGUUGUGUGUAAAUGAUGUGUGCGCGGAAAAUAAUGUGCAAUAUGAAAUUUUAAUAGCGUAAAUCAUCAAACUUUUUUCGUGAGAUUCAAUUCCGAGAAAGCGCAAUGCAGAAAAUAUCGCCUUUUCAGCACAGUUUUUACAAUGACACACGUACUUGUAUAUAGGAAGGACACACUAAUUUUGUGGAAUUGUGGCAAGAAUUAUAUGAUAAUAAAAUAAAGAGAUUGUUCCUUUUUUUUGGAGCAAAUGACGUAAUACAAAAAUGAAACACAAUAUUCUCCAUCAUAAUAACUAUGGUUACAUUGAAUGCAAUAAAUGGGUCUGUAGACUUUAC